AUGACUGUCCCACUACUUGCGCUUGCAUUCCUCGCGUUAUUCGGCUCGUAUGGACUUUACAUCGUCAUCUACCGCCUCUAUUUCCAUCCUCUUCGUCACUUUCCAGGCCCGAAAUGGGCUGCUGCUACAUAUUGGUACGAAAGUUACUUUGAUAUGUUCUCCGGUCCCUACACGGGACGCUACGUGUGGAAACUUGAGUCAUUGCAUCACAAGUAUGGACCGAUCAUUCGGCGAAGCCCAGACGAGCUCGACAUUGUGGACCUGGAUUUCUUUGAACUCCUUUUCGCUGGUGGGCGACGUGAUAAAUGGAACAGGGGUGGAAAGUCUCCAGGUGGGACGCAGUCUACUCUGGAUCGAGAUUUGCACAAGAAUCGUCGUGGAGCACUUACGAGAUUCUUUUCGAAGCGAUCGGUUUUAGCUCUCGAACCACUUCUGAUCGAAAAGGUGGAACAAUUGUCAUCAGGCAUCAACACUCAUUUUGAAAACGGUCGGAUUUUGCAAGCUGACACAGCAUUUGGUGCCUUAAGUCUCGAUGUUAUCACAGAAUACUGCUUUGAUCAAUGCUUCAACUGCCUCUUAGAUCCGAACUUCGCUCCGGAGUGGAAGCAGACAAUGACUUCCCUUUUCGAAGCCGUACCCCUUCUACGAAACUUUGGCUCCAUAGCUGGGAAGCUCCCGGCUUUACCACACUGGAUAUUGAAAAGAAUCAGCCCCAAUGUUGACAAAUUUUCACAAAUGCAAAAGGCAAACCAAGAAAAGAUCACGCAUAUUGUGGAUGACUAUAACUCAUCCAACCGGGACAGCCUCGACAAACCAGUCGCUCUCAACAAGCAACACAGGACUAUAUUCUAUGACAUCCUGAACAGCCAAGUGCUACCACCUGAAGAGAAGACGGUAGAAAGGCUUGCUGAUGAGGCCUUUGGCGUAGUGAUUGCUGGUGGAGAUACCGUAGGACGAGUGCUCGCAAAUCUCUUUUACUAUCUUCACGCCAAUCCAGAUUGGCUUGCAAAACUUCGGCAAGAAAUUGACUGCGUGAUGAUUUCAGCAGCAGCAUCGCCAAAAUUAUCGGAUCUCGAAAACCUCACAGCCUUCACCGCCGUUGUCAAAGAGACCUUGAGGAUAAGCAGCUUGAUAUCUGGUCGCCUCGCAAUGCUAGAGCCAGAUGAAGUUCUGAUUUUCAAGGAGUGGGUCAUUCCUCCAGGUACCCCUAUCACGAUGAGCCUCAGUGCUAUCCACAGUGAUAGGGACAUUUUCCCAAAUCCAAGCUAUUUCGACCCGAGUCGAUGGAUCUCAUCUGAGGGAGCCAUGAGACCACUUGACAAGUAUUUCGUGCCGUUCUCGAAAGGAAGCCGAAGUUGCCUUGGCAUGAACUUAGCUUACGCUGAGAUCUACCUUGCAGCUGCAACUGUCUUGCGGAGAUUUGAGUUUGCAUUGCAUGAUGUGAUCUAUGAACGAGAUGUAGAAGUGGUCCGCGAUUGUUUUGUUGGCCUUGCUAGUCCGAAAUCGAAAGGUGUGCGCUUCAAGAUCACAAAUCGAAGAAAGUAG